ACCACUCUUGGGGCCAUUUCCUAUAUUAGGUUUCUAUAAAGAAGCGAGAACUAUGGCAGUUAUCUUACCUAAGAAAAUUAAUGUAAAGAGCUAUUGGAGACAUAUGUAUUGGAGAAUUGACAAGGAAAAGUGGAACAAAGAUGUAGAAACUGCAAGAAAUUGUGGGAUUAGUGACAUGCUUUCCUAAACAGCAGAGAAGCUGAAGAUGUCUAGACACUUGGUGGCUUUGACAGUGACCACUCUCCUUGGUGCGGCAGUGGGGGCGUUUGUCCUGUGGAAAGGCAUCCAGCGCCGGAGGAGUAGGAGCAGCCGCGGAACCUGGCAGCCCCAGCAGCAGCAGCAGCAGCAAGCUCCAAGCAGGAGCGAGCUGCCCCCGCCAGAAGAGGACCAGCCGCCUUCCAGUGCCCCCAGAGCCUCAUGGGAAGAGAGGAUCCUGGAAGCAAAGGUGGUCACUGUGUCCCAGGAGGCAGAGUGGGAUCAAAUUGAACCCUUGCUUCGGAGUGGGUUAGAAGAUAUUCCAGUACUUGGAAUCGACUGCGAGUGGGUGAACUUGGAAGGGAAAGCCAAUCCUCUGUCGCUUCUUCAAAUGGCCUCCCCAAGUGGCUUCUGUGUCUUGGUUCGCUUGCCCAAGCUGAUCAGUGGAGGAAAAACAAUACCAAAAACAUUAUUGAACAUUUUGGCAGAUGGCACUAUUUUAAAAGUUGGAGUAGGAUGUUCAGAAGAUGCCAGCAAGCUUCUGCAGGAUUAUGGCCUCAUUGUUAAGGGGUGCCUGGACCUCCGAUACCUAGCCAUGAGGCAGAGGAACAAUUUGCUCUGUAAUGGGCUUAGCCUGAAAUCACUCGCUGAGACAGUUUUGAACUUUCCCCUUGACAAGUCCCUUGUACUUCGUUGCAGCAACUGGGAUGCUGAAAACCUUACAGAGGACCAGGUGAUUUAUGCUGCCAGGGAUGCCCAGAUUUCCGUGGCUCUCUUUCUCCAUCUUCUUGGAUACCCUUUCUCUAGGAAUCCAGCUUUAAAAGAAAAUUAUGACCGCAUUGGCUGGAGAAAAGUUUUGGAGAAAUACCAGGAUUUUGUAGACAUCCCAUUCCGAAGCAAAGGAAUUAGCAGAUUGGGAGAAGAGGUUAAUGGGGAAGCAACAGAAUCUCAGCAAAAACCAGGAAAUAAGAAGUCUAAGGUUGAUGUAACAGUGCCCGGCAACCAGCAAGGGAGAGACCCCAGAAAACAUAAAAGAAAGCCCCUGGGGGUGGGCUAUUCUGCCAGCAGAAAAUCACCACUCUAUGAUAACUGCUUCCUCCAUGCUCCUGAUGGGCAGCCCCUGUGCACUUGUGACCGAAGAAAAGCUCAGUGGUACCUGGACAAAGGCAUUGGAGAGCUGGUGAGUCAAGAGCCUUUUGUAGUCAGGCUACAGUUUGAACCUGCGGGAAGACCGGAAUCCCCAGGAGACUACUACUUGAUGGUUAAAGAGAACUUGUGUGUAGUGUGUGGCAAGAAAGACUCCUACAUUCGGAAGAACGUGAUCCCACACGAGUACCGGAAGCACUUCCCCAUUGAGAUGAAGGACCACAACUCCCACGACGUCCUGCUGCUCUGCACCUCCUGCCAUGCCAUCUCCAACUACUACGACAACCACUUGAAGCAGCAGCUGGCCAAGGAGUUCCAGGCCCCCAUUGGCUCUGAGGAGGGCUUGCGCCUCCUGGAGGAUCCAGAGCGCCGGCAGAUGCGCUCCGGGGCCAGGGCCCUGCUCAACGCCGAAAGCCUGCCUGCCCAUCGAAAGGAGGAGCUGCUGAAACCUCUCAGAGAGUUUUAUAGCACAGACACGGUCACAGAGGAGAUGCUUCAAGAGGCUGCCAGCCUGGAGACCAGGAUUUCCAAUGAAAACUACAUUCCUCAUGGGCUGAAGGUGGUGCGGUGCCACGGCCGGGGCGGGCUGCGCUCCCUCAUGAAGCUGGAGAGCCGCUGGCGCCAGCACUUCCUGGACUCCAUGCAGCCCAAGCACCUGCCCCAGCAGUGGUCCGUGGACCACAACCACCAGAAGCUGCUCCGGAAAUACGGGGAGGACCUUCCCAUCAAGCUGUCGUGAGGACCGCUGGGAAGCUGCAGCCAAGGUGGAGCCGUCACCUCUUCCCGUUUUCAUACGUUGUUAAUUGUCAAAGCCUGUGACACAACUCAGAAUACUAACCCAUACUGAUCCCAGGAUGCUUCUGGUGGAUGGAGCAUGGCUCUUGUUUUAAGGGGAGCUUAUGGUUUUGAAUUUUAGUUGGGCAGAAUGAAAAUUCUCUUUUUUCUCCAUUUUAUUUUAUUUUUUGUGGAUAAGGAGGGUCUUGAAUUUAUUUUACUCUUUCUCUUCUGCUUUCCCUGGGCAGAUGGCAAAUGAAAGAUUCUCCCUGAAGUGACUUGUCAGGACUCUCAGGUUUUUUUUAAUACAUUUCUCCCUGUUCAGUACAUUGAUUUAUCUCAAAUGGGCUGUCAGUAUUUCAAUACCGUCAGGCUAGGAGGGGAGAAAAAGUUCUAGGGAAUUGAGAGACAAUCAAGGGUUCAGAUUAAUUUUCCCAGUUCAGCCUCAUAACGAUAAAUUCUUUGGCCCAUUGCUGUCCCACAAUGCACCUGUUUGGGAUCCAUUCUCAACGGAAUCACUUCAGUUUAUUUCACACACUUGAGCUUACUUCCCUCGACAUGUCAAAGACCAAAGCGGCACAUCCUUUCUUUGCUUCCACACUAGCACUAGAGGAAUCAUUUUCUUGAGACAGGCCUUCCACCUGGGGGGGGGGGGGGGGGCGGGGGAGCCUCAGCACCAUCUCCCCAGAGAGCUUCGAUAAGUUGCUGUGCUUUUCCUCUUAUGCUGUUCAUUGUCUGCUGGUUGCCAUCCUCCUGCCCAUAACUGCGAGGCUUUUAGCUUAAUCCCUUUCUGGGAGGAAGAUUAUCUUUUCUCAGAAUCAGCAUCAGGUCCCUGCAGAGUUCUGUUUCCAUCAAUUUGCAAUACUGACCUCUUUCCAGCACUUAAUCCUCUCCUGGAGUCUGGUUGCAGUGAGGAUCUCUCCACCUUCCCCCAUACCUGGAACACUGCGAUUUCUUAUGUGUUUAGAUGUUAAAACAGUGGGGUGUUUUUUCUUUCAAAAUGUGAGGUCGCCACUUUACACAUGAAAUGUGCCCAAGUUGGUGAUGGUUGCUCUAACAUUGAUAAAUAAAACUUCUAAGCACAAAACUUACUGACUGUAACUGUAAAAAAUUGUUUCUUCAUAACUUUAUAAAGUUGGUUGGUAAAUAUUCUUGGGGGAAGAGAUAGUUGUCCAUGCAGCAGUACCAUCAUAUGUGAGCAUGAAUGGACACACACACACACACACACACACACACACACACACACCCAGUGCAGCUUUGGCAGGUCAACAGCAACCCACAAACACACGUGCACAUCCUGCAUGUUGUUCCUCUGCCCCUUCAUUCCACCUUUUCCUCAAAAAGUCAUCUCUGGGGUCUAAACUAGAAAUCCUUGAAAAUGAAUAGUACCAUGCACUGUGGGGACCAUAUGUUCAAUGCUGUAGGUUAUUAGGGGCCUGUGUCUCUGCCCAUACUGUUUGGAGCCUAUGGAGACUGACAGGUGGUCAUGUAGUAGUCAGACUUGCCACAAGGUGGCACUCAAAGAUUUUGUUUUACAUCCUUCUUGAGCCAAGACUUUUAUACAUUGUUCCUGAACACAACCCUUGAUUUAUGUUUCAAAAUUUACGGACCUUAGCCCUAGCCGGUUUGGCUCAGGGGAUAGAACAUUGACCUGUGGACCAAAGAGUCCUGGAUUCGAUUCCAGUCAUGGGCAUAUGCUCAGAUUGUGGGCUUAAUUCCCAGUAGAGGUCGUGCAGGAGGCAGACCAUCAAUGAUUUUCUCUCAUCAUUGAUUUUUCUCUCUCUCCCUCUCCUUUCCUCUCUGAAAUCAAUAAAAGUAUAUAUUUUUAAAUGUGUGUUCCUUAUUUGGGGUCAUUUUGAUAGCUUUUUAAGAAAAACUUCUUCUGAAACAGGGAUUAAGACUCUUUCGUUCUCUUCCCAUGUGAUCCUCAUGCUAAGAGUUAAAAGACUUGUACAAGAUCAAUUAAGGUGCAGUGGUUGCUGUGAGAAGGAGGAUUGGGCUCCCCAGCAGACCUUCCUGCAAAGCCAUGGUGGCUAGACUAGGACAAAAGGUGUCGCAUCCUUUUCAGAAGUUACUUGUAUAGAUUUGAGUCUUUUGUUCACUGAGUCAACGUUGAACUUUAUUUGUAAAGAUUUUUUAGAGAGAGAGAGAGGAAAGGAAAGAGAGAGAAACAUCGAUCGGCUGCCUCCUGCACAACCCCCACCAGGUAACAAGCCCAUAACCCAGGCACGUACCCUGACUGGGAAUUGAACCUACGACCCUCUGUCCACAGGAAGAUGCCCAACCAGCUGAGCCACACUGGCCAGGGCUCAUCAGCCUUGGGCUUUAGCAGCCUUUCCCUAAGGCUGACAAUUGCUAUUUUAAAUAAGAUAUUUUAGAGUAGGCAUACUAGAAAUACUUAGUUUUUUUCUGAUACAAAAGUAAUAUAUGUUUAUUAUAGAUGAGUCUAAAAAAAGAAUAAAAAUCAUUCAUCUUGCCUCCAUCUAGAACAAGCUAACCUUGGCUGAUAUAUUUAUGAAUUUCCUUUUGGUGUAUAAAAAUGCAUGUAAUAUAUGUAUUUAAACCAAGUUGAGAGUCAUACAUAUAUACAGCUGGGUAUCCUAUAUCCCCCCUCACUUAACAUGGUAUCACAAGUAAGUAAUUUCCUGUGUCAGUAUUGAAAAGUAGAUCUCUAGUGGAUCUACCUUACUUUAGUUAUCCAUCCCCAUACUUGAAAAUUUUGGUUGUUUCAGGUUCUUUGUUAAUAUCGGUGAUGCUGUGGUGAACUUUCUUAAUGUGUACAUCUUUGCCCGUGUCUUUAAUAUAUAAUUCCAUUAGAAUAGAACCCUCGAGAUUGGAUCGGGAGGAGGGGCCUCACAUUGCUGGUGUGAGUACAAGUUGAAAGCAUCUCUAGGGAUGUGGGUUAGGGACGGCUUCUCGUUGACCCUGUGGCUCAUGUUCCAGUGCAUUUGCCGAGCUUCUCUGUGAGUAGCAGCGAGAGGACAGUUCCCAGCAAGGGCCUCUCUGAGUGUUCCGGUCAGGGCCUUUUCUCUGUGUCCCUCUGUGUCCCGCUCUCCAUCGCCUCGUUUGCCCCUUGCAGCCAAAGUGUUUUGGAAAAACUGCUUGUUUGAAAAUUAAAAUG